GGCAGAGCAGCUGAGCAGGGCCCCGGGGGAGCAAGCCACAGACACCUUCUGCUGCCCACCGUCCAUCCCUUGCUGACCGCCCAACCAUGAGCUUGGCCGGGCCGACCACGGGCUCCAGAGCUUGUGAAUGCCAAGGGGGAGACAGCCAGCACGCCAUUCUGUAUUCGUUGCUGAGCCGGUCCCGGGGCCCCUCACCUCACACCCACUGUCUCUGUGCCCGACACCGCACAGUCUGCCUCCGGGCCCCCCAACAAACCUGCGUAGCAGCAGCGGGGGUGCUGGCUAAGACGGUCGCCUUCCUGCAAUACCUGCCCUCGUUUGCCUUGCUGCCUCCAGGGGACCAGAGGCUGCUGCUGGUCAACUCCUGGGCCCCCCUCUUCCUUCUGGGGCUGGCCCAGGAUGCGGUGACCAUCGAGGUGACUGAGAUGCCAGCCCCUAGUAUGCUCAAGAAGAUUCUGCUGGAGGAGAGGAGUCCAGAACCCCAGACUCCCCAGGCCACCCUUGCAGGGGUCUAUCGGCUCCAGUGCUGCCUCCAUACCUUCUGGAGUCUGGACCUGAGCCCCAAGGAGUACGCCUACCUAAAGGGAGCCAUCCUCUUUAACCCUGACACCCCUGGCCUCCAGUCUGCAUCUCAUGUCGAGAGCUUGCAUCGGGAGGCAGAGCAGGUCCUUCAGGAGGCUUUGGCACUCCAUCACCCGGUGGACCACGGUUGCUUUGGCCGCAUCCUUCUCGUGGCCUCCACCCUUAAGUCCAUCUCUCCUGCCCUGCUCAGCUCCCUCUUUUUCCAUCCAAUGUUUGGGGAUGCGGACAUCACCAGACUCAUCUUGGAUAUGCUACUCUUGACUUAGCCUGGGGAUGGUGCUCCUUCCUGAUACUAAACGCAUUCAAGACCCAGGCUCAAGACAAUGCAGAUUCCAUUAGGCUUGUCAAGAGAGCUUGCUCUGAGGCUAUGCCCCUCUGGAUGGGCAGGGACUCACCAUUGCCCGGCCUUGAGCUUCACAUCUGGGCUCUGUACCCCUCCUUGAUAGGUGCCAAAGCCAGCUGAGCAGGGCUGGGGGAAGAGAUGCUUACCUGCUCAGCUCUGGCUCUGGGCUCUCAUAGACUCCCAGCUGGAAGGGAUCCCAGAGGACAUCUAGUCUAGGUUAGGAAUAGGAAUUCCACUGCAUCACACUUGAUUCAAGACCUUCAAAACUUGUACAGAUGGAAGGGUACAUAGCUGCCAAUCUACUGGUUUUGAAGGAAAACAAGGAGGGCCUGGUCUGGAUUUUAUCCAAUUUAUUGAAAACAUUUAUUAAGUACCUACUAUGUGCCAGACACUGCAUUAGAUACUGAAAAUAUAAAAAUAGGAAACCUCCUUUGUCCCCCAUUGGGAACACCCAUCUGUGGAGAGCAUUCGACAUCUUAGAAAUUCCCCUCUCCUUUCCUCUCUAUAUCUUCUUUCUAUGCUAUAAUUUAGAGAUUUUUAACCUUUUUAUGUGUCAUGAACUAUUUGAUAAUGAAGCAUAGCCAAUGGACCCUUUCUCAGAAUAAAGACUUUUUAAAAAAAAUUUCACAAUUGGAGGAAAUGCUAACUUUCAGUUAGAGGUUAGUGAAUAUAAAGAUAUAAUUUUUUUUCUCAUCUAAAAUCAUCAGCCUCCAAAAAUCUAUUCCCCAUCAAGGGAUCUAUUGAGUUCAAGUUAAAGAUCCCUGCUCUAAAUCUCUCCUAGGAUUGACUAGGAGACAUGGGCAAGUCUGUGUAAUAUUUUCCAAAAAUGGACAAAAUUAGAGAAAAAUGUCCAAAAAGGGACAGAAAUUCACAACAACUCACUUUUACUAUGAGUCCUCCCAUCCCCAGUGAUGAUCCUGGCUUAGACUGUUGGGGAUCUCUGGCUCCCCACUUUCUGAGGGGAGGAUUUUUUACUUUCUUUGAACCACCCCCAGCUUUCCCCUCCAGACACCAAAGAUAAAGGAAGCAUCUUUCCAUUCUGAGCUUGGAAAGUGGUCAGUGUUCCUUCCCAACAUGAUGACUGUGAAUCUGGGCUGUUUAUAGGCCAAGGCACCCUGGAACUUGUACAGAAUUAAUUUAAGUUAUUGGUUUUUAUAAUAAAAGAUUUCAUAUCC